AUGACACGAACAGACAUUUCAUUCAAGACCGGCGACGGAGUGACGCUGCGUGGCUGGUUCUUCAUAGCCUCAUCGACAUCAACGUCGACGAAAUUGCCAUGCGUGAUCCUUACGCACGGCCUUUCUUGUGUCAAGGAGAUGGGUCUGGACUCUGUCGCCGAGAUGUUCAUCUCAGAACUGCCAGUUACUUGCCUUGUAUAUGAUCACAGGGGGUUUGGAGCGUCGGCUACGGCGCCUCACGCGCCGCGCCAGGAAGUCAUCACUUGGCAGCAGGUGAAUGACAUGCGUGAUGCGAUUACCUAUGUCCAGACAAGGGAGGAGGUCGACAAGUCCAAGAUCGCGCUGUGGGGGUACUCGCUUUCGGCUGCGGAGGCGCUGUUAGUCGCUGCGAUUGAUCGAAGGGUUAGGGCGGUUAUUGCUCUGGGGCCGGGGUGUUCUCCGCUCGAGAUUGUGAGUAGGUUGACGGCUCCUCAUGCGCUGAAUGCAAUACGGCCGCUGUUCGAGGUCGAUCGGUUGGCGAGGGCGGCAGGUCUGGAUCCGAUCAUGGUGCCUAUGAUCGCCGAGCCUGGAGGGCAGUGUGUGCUGCCGAGUCCAGAGUCUUUUGCUUUCUUCUCGGAGUGGGAGAAGAACGGGAGUUCGUGGAAGAAUGAAGUUACGAUGAGAAGCCUGGAUGAAUUGGCGACAACUGCGUUAUGUGCGCCGUAUCUGGACGUUCUCACACCGACGCCGGUAUUCUUUGGCGUGGCCACGAGGGAUACCAAUACUCCCCCGGAUAUGGUGAUGAGGUGGUAUGGGCAGGUGAGCGAGCCGAAGGAGUAUGCCAUUGUCGAUGCGGACCAUUAUCAGUUGAUGGGGGAGUCGAGGGAGGUUUUGGACGUCAGAGAGGUCGCAUUCUUGAAGAAGGGGUUGUGCUGA